CGCGAUAUGACAUGUCGGUCAUCCUAGUGACGGGCUCUUAUGACCAUGAGAUCAGAUUCUGGGAGGCUUGGAGUGGUAUCUGUUCUCGCACUAUCGCCCGGCCUGGCGAAUCUGGUCAAGUGAACCGCUUGGCAAUAUCCCCAGACAAGCGCCUGCUUGCAGCGGCCAUCCACAAGAAAGUGAACAUUUACGAAAUUGCAAGCCCUUCCUCUACUCCGCUUAUCUCCUUGGAUGAGCACACCAUGAACGUUACAUCUGUCUCCUUCCAUAGUGAGGGCAAAUGGCUUGUCACAGGAAGUGAAGACGGCACAAUCAGAAUUUGGGACUUACGGAGCAACCAAGCACACAGAACUUAUAACAACGGGGCCCCAGUCAAUGACGUAUGCGUUCACCCCAAUCAAGGGGAACUAAUCUCCUGCGAUCAAGCCGGAUGCAUCAAGCAAUGGGAUCUCUCCGAGAAUGUGUGCUCUCACGAACUGACUCCCGCCGGCGAUGUCCCGAUUCGCUCAGUCAGUCUGGCCGCGGAUGGUUCGUGCUUGAUUGCCGGGAACAACAAGGGGAAAUGUUAUGUAUGGAAGAUUAACGACGAAAAGUCCAAUCUUCCUCGUUAUCAAGCCGUUACAAAGUUUACAGCGCACAAAAAGUACAUUACGAGAGUCCUUCUGAGUCCAGACGCGAAGUAUCUAGCAACCUGCUCGGCAGAUACUACUGUGAAGAUAUGGUCGAUCUCGUCGAACUAUGAAUUUAGGCAAGAGAAAGUUCUUCAAGGGCAUCAACGCUGGGUUUGGGAUUGCGCAUUCAGUGCCGACUCUGCCUAUCUUGUUACUGCCUCAUCGGAUCAUACUGCCAGGCUUUGGGAAAUGGCAUCGGGGGACACUGUGCGCCAGUACAAUGGGCAUCACAAAGCGGCUGUAUGUUGUGCACUCCACGACGGUGCUGGUUAAUUUCCUCUCGGGAAUUUCCCGAUCUCUACACAUGAACACCAAGCACUCUCAAGGAUCUCGUCGAUACCCGAUAUUCAGGAUAACAGGGUGAAUCUCAGAUUUCUUCCGUUGCUACCACGAUCUGGUUUGUUAUCUACUGCAAGAAAGGUUGGAAGAUUCAUUGCCAUUUUUGACAACUUGUGCCUCAAUAUUUCAGCCUUGUACACAGCAAUGCAAGAGACCGAUCAUU